AUGGCGCAUCAAGACGCCCACGAAGUCCUCCAGCUCGUCCAGAGACUCGAGGCAGCGCGCAAGAAACAAGUCAAGCGAGCGUUCAGCUGCAAGAAGUCGACCUUUGAAGUCGCUGGCUCAGACCUCACCGUCGACUCGUGGCGGUUCCAGGACUGGGACUACAAGAACCCGGGCCUACCAACCUAUGCGCGCGGCCUCUUCACCACCACCAACCGCGCUGGACGCCCAGAGAUUGCAGUCAGAGGGUACGACAAGUUCUUUAAUAUCGAGGAAGUCAACUCGACUCGAUGGAGGAAUAUCGAGAAUAAUACCCGUGGACCCUACGAGUUGAGCGUCAAGGAGAACGGCUGCAUCAUCUUUAUAUCCGGUCUGGAAGACGGUACCUUGCUCGUCUGCAGCAAGCAUUCUACCGGCUCGCGGCAGGAUAUGGAGAUGAGCCAUGCGGAAGUUGGUCGGGCCUGGGUCAGGAAGCAUGUUGAGUCCGUUGGCAAGACGGAGCGGGACCUCGCCGCGGAGCUACGCAGUAUGAAUGCUACUGCUGUAGGUGAACUAUGCGAUGAUAGCUUCGAAGAACACGUCCUGGCUUACUCUGAGGAAGAGUCCGGUAUCUACCUGCACGGCAUCAACUAUAACCUGCCUGAGUUUGCUACUGUAAGCAGCUCAGACGUGCACCGCUUUGCAGAUGCCUGGGGGUUCAAAAAGGCUCAGUUCCUUGUCAAAGAUGACGUUGAAUCUGUCCGUACGUUUCUUGAGGAAUGUGCAGAGACAGGCUCCUGGGAUGGAAGAGACACGGAAGGCUUCGUGAUCCGCUGCCAGAUGCGAGAGUCCAACACUCUGCCUUACCAUGACUGGUUCUUCAAGUACAAGUUUGAAGAACCCUACCUGAUGUACCGUCAAUGGCGAGAGGCUACUAAGAAACUCAUCACCGGCAAACUACCCACAAUUAAGAAGCACGUCAAGAUCACAGAGGAAUACCUAAAAUACGCCAGGAAGCAGCUUGCAAGGGAUCCAAAGCUGGCCAAGCUAUAUAACCAGAAUCACGGCAUCAUUGCCAUGCGUGAGGGCUUCCUCAAGGAACGAGGCCUCAAGGGAUCAGAGAUUAUAGCAAUGGAGGCGGCUGAAGGAGAAGCCGAUCCCGCUACGCCUCAAGAUCGAGACUUUGUGCUUGUCCCCGUUGCUUCGAUCGGCUGCGGCAAGACAACCGUGGCUGUUGCUCUCGUCAAACUGUUCGGAUGGGGCCAUUUCCAAAACGAUAAUGUUGAAGGCAAAGGGAACAGACCUAAACGGUUUGUUCAGGGGUUGGUCAACCAUCUGAUGAACAGCAGCUGCGUGAUAGCGGAUCGAAACAACCACCAGAAGCGUGAGAGAGAACAGAUAUUCACGGAUAUGCAGACUCUCGUCCCCAACGCACGCUUCAUUGCUCUUCAUUGGGUGCACGAGCCCAAGAGUGCAAUGCUAGAUGACAUCCGACGGGUCACGCAGCAGCGAGUCCUUGACCGUGGAGAUAACCACCAGACCAUCCGCGCCGGAAGCAAGAGUGAAAGCGAGAUAUUGCAGAUAAUGGAGGGCUUCCUGCGUCGAUUCGAAGCCGUGGAUACUGCUCGUACACCAGACAACCAUUUCGAAUCGGUCAUUGACCUAGACGUUGCAGCAUCCUCGCGAGAGAAUCUAGAGACUAUCGUAGACUACUUUUACGCCAACUAUCCCAAGCUUAUGAAGCGGGAGAAACCAGACGCUGCCGAGCUUGAUGCAGCUAUCAAAGAGGCCAUGGACGGAUACACAGUUGAUAUCAAACAUGAUCUCAAUUUCAAGUCCAAAUCUCAGCCUCAGAAGCAGCAGAACCAACAGCAGCAGCAACAACAGCAGAAUCAAAAGAACCAAAAGCCGCAAACCCUCGACCAACUGGUCAAGAAAAUUGAAUACUUCAACAUCUCCGUACCCGCUGGCCCCGUCAACGCAAUCCUUGCCUCCAUCUUCGACGCUUCCCCAUCACCAGACUACGCUCACCUCUACCGUCUACUCACCAACUCUCGCCGCAUCCAACCCUCAUUCCAUGUAACCCUCAUCCACCGCGCCUCCAGUGCCGACAACCCCCAAAUAUGGCACACCUACACAGACUUGUACAAGGCAACAAUCGCCCAGCAACAACAACAACAAAACACCUCAUCAUCCGCUGCCUCGCUCCCUGGCUCAGCCACCGUGACAGGAACACCCACGCCAAGCCUAGGAGCAGCUUCUGUCCGCCUCGAGACCCUCGUAUGGGAUAAGCGUAUCAUGGCUAUUGUUGCACGUAUUUUGUCUGGGCCAGCGGCCUCGGGCGCAACCACGGGGGUGGCGACGGCGGCAUUGCCAAUCUCAGGGGAGGCGCACAGCGAUAGGCGAGAGGAAGAAGAAAGGCAAGGGGAAAGAGAGUUAGCACCAACGUGGCCUUGUGCGAACGAGAUUGCCCACGUUACGAUCGGGACGGCAAAUGCGAGCGUCAAACCAAAGGAAAGUAACGAUUUGUUGAAGCGAUGGCUUACGAUGGGUGCGGGAGAAGAGAGUGGGAUCUGGGAGGCGAAGAUUCCUUCGGUUAAGGUUGUGGAAGGCUUCGUGGGGGUUGUGAUGCGUAGGUAG